AUGGCUAAAAGCCACUUCAAGAGAGAAGAGCUACAGGAAGCCUUCACCAUGAACUGUUCUUCGGAUAACACGAUUCCACUGAGCAAGUUAGGCGUUGUCCUGCGAUCCUGCCGCUGUGCUCCCACUGAAGCUCAGCUACAGGCUUUGUGCAGGGAGUUUGAAAGUAAAGGUAUCCGAACUCUGACUAUUCAGCAAGUGGAAGCCAUUAUAGUCAAGUAUGAAUUUCCCCCAGAGACGACUGAUGCUCUCAGAGAAGCCUUCAG